UAAUCUGCAGUCGGGGGGAAAGUUUCAAAAGGAGUUCAUUCUGGUUGUACUCUGUUACUUUAGCUUAUUGACUGCUUAAUAAGAUAAAGAUGAAGUAAGAUUUAAGUAAGUUACAUAUUAUAGGACUCUAUGCGAGUAACUUGAGCGCAUGAAAUAGGUAAUGUUAAUUUAAUAACCUGUCUAAAAUUAGCACUUAGUUCGGCACAGAAACAGGCGUGUAUUUUUUUUAUACAAACGAGUAACCUUGUACAUAAUUGCCUUUGUAAGUUAGCCCCGUAGCGUCGCUUUAGUUUUUGUUUGCGAAAUAAACAAUUAGCCGUUUAAGCUAACAAUUUAUUCGCCCUUAAGUGUUGCGCCAGGAGGGAACAAAGAGAUCAACACAAUUUCUUAAAUGCUUUUGACAAGGAAAGUAAACCUCUUUCAAAACAUUUAAAUAAUUUGUGUCAACAUGUGUAUUUGUAUUAAUGGACUGUGAACAUGCCCGUGUGUCGGGAAUCGGGAGCGCGCGUCAGCUGACAUCCGCUGAGAGAGUACAGCGAGACAUGGAUCAACUCAAAGUCAAAGACAGGAUCCUCGAAAAUAUCUCUCUCUCUGUUAAGAAGUUGCAGAGUUACUUUGCCGCCUGUGAAGAUGAGACGCCGGCCAUCAGAAACCACGACCGUGUUCUUCAGAGGUUGUGUGAGCACUUGGAUCACGCUCUUCUCUAUGGGUUGCAAGACAUCUCAUCAGGUUACUGGGUCCUCGUAUUACACUUCACGCGGCGAGAGGCAGUCCAACAGAUUGAUGAGCUCCAGCACAUAGCCACCAAUCUAGGCAGAAGUCGUGCCUGGCUCUAUUUGGCACUUAGUGAAAGUUCUUUAGAAAGCUACCUCCGUUUGUUUCAAGAAAAUCAAGGACUGCUGCAGAAAUACUAUUACAAAAAUGCAUUGGUUUGCAGUCAUGAUCAUCUGACUCUGUUUCUUACACUUGUCUCUGGGCUAGAAUUCAUCCGCUUUGACCUCGAACUGGAUGUGCCAUACCUGGAUGUUGCUCCUUACAUGCCAGAAUACUAUAAACCUCAGAAUCUGUUGGAUUUUGAGGAGAGGUUGCCAAGCUCUGACAGUCUGUCUCUGCACUCAUUUACUUCACUAACCUCCACCAACCUUGAAUGGGACGACAGUGCCAUCGCCCCGUCUAGUGAAGAUUAUGAUUUUGGCGACAUCUUCCCUGUGUUGCAGUCAUUGCCAAGUGCAGACUGGGAAGAAGGAGAUCUGACUGACCCUGUCCGUUCCUUUGGAUCGAACUCUCAAACCGUUGUCAAUGACUGUGUGGUAGUGAGGGGGUCCACAGGCACCAUCAGGACCACGAGCCUAUCGCGACACAAUCCCUUUAACGACGACUCCGACACAAACACUUCGGCGGAUGUCACUCCGGUGCACGUGGCUAGCCGUCAUGUUUCCGCAACAGCCGAAGAUGUGGAAAUCACCAGCGAUGGGCUGGAGGUCAUUAGGAUGGCAAGGCGCAGAAAACCUGGUAAGAAACGACGGGCAAGGGGGUCGACGGAUUCCAUGAGCAGUGAGCAGAAUCUAAUCUCUCCAGAUGGACCCGACGCUGAGGAGUGCCUUCAGAUUUUGGUUGAGAGGGACAACCUUAAUGUGGACAGUUGCGGUUCUCUGGAUGGACCAGAUGGUCCUGAACCAGAAUCCAUGAGGAACGGAAGAGAGGAUGAAGAUCCAGAGGCUGGACUGAGGCUACCUGUGAUGACAGACACCUCUAUGGACAGUGUGGGCCAACCCCUCAGUGAUGUCAUGGACAGGUUGAACGGUUCUCUGGAUGGAGAGACCUGGGAACAACGUGAAGGAGACGUAGGAGGAGCUCGUGCUAGUCCCGAUGGUACCAACUCUGCCACAGGACCCCCUCAGCAGCGGCCCUUUCGAGAGGACAUGGAUGGAGAACCUCCGGACCCAAGCUUCUUGCAGGCCCCACGUCCACCUGCUGACUUCUACUGCUUUACCUCCCAGAGUCCAGACCCUGCUGCCUCGUGUGGUGGCCACCAUGACUCUGCAGGGAAUGAUGAGCCGCAGGAUGUUCCUGUUGGCCAUGAAGAUGAGGGAAAAGCAGAAGAACAAGCUGCCUCCGUCCACAUAGGGGAGUCGGCUGAGGAGGAACAUAGUACAGCAGAAGAGCAGGAAGAAGAUAAAGACAAAGCGAUACAGAGCUCCCAUCCUGCAGAGUUUAAGGUAGAUAACAAUCACCUACUGCUGCUCAUGAUUCACGUAUUCAGGGAGAAUGAAGAGCAACUCUUUAAGAUGGUGAGGAUGAGUACAGGCCAUAUGGAAGGAGAUUUACAGCCUCUUUAUGUGUUAUUGACAGACUGUUACAUUUAUCUCUUGCGUAAAGGGGCGGCUGAGAAGCCUUAUUGUGUUGAAGAAGCUGUAUCUUAUAAUGAACUGGACUACAUCUCUGUUGGACUACACCAGCAGACUGUGACCUUAGUGUGCACCAACAGAAGACGCCAGUUCCUUCUGGACACAGCAGACUCAUCUCUUACUAUCUGGUUUCUGUCCGUGUUGCAAUCGGCAAUGGAAAAAGGCUGCCGGGAGACGCCAUACCCCUCUGUUCUCACUGACGCCACUAUGGAGAAACUAGCUCUCUAUAAAUUUGUGUGCCAGGAGACUCACUGUGAGUUGUCCGAGUUGAGCAUACGCCUGUAUUCUCUGGUUCACUGGGAAGACCCAAUGGACGCAUCAGUUGUGUCGCCUACAUCUCCGUCCGCCUCCAGAGAAUCAAGCAGCACUAAAGAGGGGAUGCUGUUGUAUCGGGCGGGAAGCUCCUAUCUGGGGAAGGAAGUGUGGAAGAGCUGUUACUUGGUGCUCAGUAAUGGCAUCCUCUAUCAGUAUGCAGAGAGAACAGAUGUUACACCUCUGAUGUCUGUUACCAUGGGGGGUGAGCAUUGCGGAGGCUGCAGGCGUUCAAACAGCUCAGAGAAGCUACAUGCAUUUCAUGUUAUUUUAACUGACCAUCCACCAUUAGAGCUCUGUGCUGAGAACGAAGAAGAAAUGGCGGACUGGAUGCAGCUGCUCUGCCAGGCCGUCUCUAAAGGGGUUAUCCCACAAGGGGUGGCCCCUGCCCCCUGUAUCCCAUGCUGCCUCGUGCUCACAGACAGGAAGUUGCUCACGUGUCACCAAGACUGCCAGACAAGUUUUUUCCGUUCUCUCGGAUCAGCUGAUCUGAACGAUGUCACAGCUGUACGCUUGGAGGAGGAUAAAGAAUACUGUGUCAUUGAGUUUGCUGAAGAUCGUGCCGAGUUCCUUCCUCCCUGGGUUUUGUAUUUUAGUGGAUAUGAGGAGCGAGAUCGACUGCUAGCCGAAUUGGAUCGUGCAUGGACUGCAAGUUUCCAGGUGAGCCUAGCUCGUAAGCCGGUGUCUGACCUUUCGGUUCAGAAGCGGUGCAGGGAGGCGGUUGAACUGAUGAAGAGCGCCUGGCAGAGGAGCGACAGCAUACACAGAGGCCGAUCAAAGAGAGAGCCCUGGUGCUGACUAUCUGUCAAUCAUCCCAGAAAACACAGGGUCAGAUAGGACCCAAUGGAAGAAGAGCUUACCAGCAAACCCACUGUUUAUGUAGGUACAAGCAGACUCUGUGAGCUUUUCUGUCCGUAUAUCUCUGCUGCACAAUGCACAUACUAGAGGACAGCACGAUGUGGCUUCAUGUGAUAUUUAAAAAAGGCGUGACCUCGUUUACAUUUGCCUUGCACAAAUAUUUAAAGAGUUUCAUUACGCUCUCUCAAGCAAAAGCUUGCAACGGGAAAAACGGACACAAGAUCUAUAAGUUCUCUCAUAUGUAGUGUAAAUGUGUAAACUGCAACUUUUGUUCAUAUUGUAAAGUCUUGUACAGUAUACAGAGGUACUACUUGCUUUUCGAGCACUAAUGAAGGAGUAUUUUAGUUUUGUUUACUAUAUUGAAGCUCCUUUAGAACAAUCACUUGGACAUAUAACGGUUUGCAUGGCAGUAAUUGCAUUGACAUUCAACAUGAAGCGACAGAGGAGGAAGACAUUAAUCUACCUUUAUUUUAAAUAUUAUCACUCAAUACUAAUAAAUAACGACGGUACUCUGAAUUAAAAGUACCACCAUGAGGCCACUCUUAAUCUACUAGACUUGAAUUAUUUGCUAUUCAGAAAUAUUUAUUAUGAGGGCACAUUUAACUAAAGUGAUGAAAUCGUUACUAACUGAAGGAGUUGCUUGCAAGCAGAAUUGCACAAAGUUAUUUGGCGUUUAUUUUUUUAAAUGUGUUUUUUUAUUCAUGCAUAAACAUUUGUAGCACAACCCCAUCAGCAUCAAGAGGAACGCUGCUUUUAUUUUUUUAUUUUGGUCUUUUACUGUGAUUUGAAUGCUGUCAAACAUUUAAUGUCAGGCAUUUUUAAUAUUAUUUUUUUUAAGUCAUCAAGUUUGAUCCAUUUUUUUACGGAUACGACAUUUAUCUGUUUUCCAAUUUUAGCUGAAAUAUAAAGUCAUUCCCUGUUUCUUGCUCAGUGGUGGAUCAGUGGUAUACACCACUUUAGUGAAACACUGUAAAGUUCGUUUUAAGAAUGUAGAGGGUUUUUUCAGAAAGCAGACAUUGGGUAUUUUCCUGGCUGAAAUGAAUAAAACGACAGGAAAAAUCUCAGGUAUGAUGAAGUUUGUUUCAGUCAACAGUGAUUUUAAAACGCACAUUGCUGGACAAUGGUGGAAUACAGUUGUUCGUUAGCUAUUUGAACUGAAGGGGUUAAAGUCUUUUAUCAUUUUUUAAAAUGGUUUUUAUUUUAUGGUAUGACUGCUACAAUGGAAGUGACCUAAUCUGUCUUGUUCUAACACUUUCAUGUCUCAGAUACACUAAGUGCUGCAUGUCAUUUUUUAAAUGUCGUCAUAUAAUUAAUAUGAUAGCAAAUGUAAAUAUGACUUUUUUGUAAAAGGGAAAAGUAUGAAUAAAAAAUUAAUAAUA